AGGGGGAAGGACCAUGGUUUUGUGACAUCACAGCGCGGGUGGGUUUUGCAUUAUUUUCAAUAGAAUGUUAAGAGAGUCAUGACAAUGUCACUUUAGGGGAGGGGAUUUGUCUGGAAAAAUGCGGGUAAUCAGUUGUUGGUGUGUCGUCAGCGAUUUGGAGAAUGCUGCAAACUUUUCCAUGGCGCGAUAGAGUUGAUUUUUUGAAAGUGAAACCACGAUAGUACGGUGUCCGAACACUGAAUGAUGACAUCCCUCGAGCAUCCUGGGUAUCCCCAAGAUGGUCUCCUUCGUUUAGAAGAAAAGCUACUUUGCCGUGAAUCUCAAGUUUCAUUACUGUUGUCAUUGUUUGGAGAGCCUCAUCAGUAUAGUUACCCCUCUAUCUUUAUAUAUGGGUAUACCACAACAGGCAAGACAUAUGUGAUGCAAACUGUUCUGGCAGAAUUAGAGCUCCCUCAUGCACUUGUAAGCUGUGUUGAAUGCUUUACCUCAAGGAUGCUUUUUGAACAUAUUUUGAACAAAUUACAAAGUUAUGUUACAUCCUCUGAGAUUUCGCAGUCCUUGUAUAUUUCCUGUGACUCGUUCAGUGAUUUUGUUCGUUUAUUUAAACAACUAAUAUCUCAUCAGGAUUUGAAGAAUCAGACUGUUUAUGUUGUUCUGGACAAAGCAGAACAGCUACGAGAAAUGGAAGCUAACUUACUGCCAGGGUUCCUGAGACUGCAAGAAAUGACUGAUGCCAACGUUACUGUCAUUUUCCUUACUGAAAUUGUAUGGGAAAAGCUACAUCCAAACAUGGGCUGCUUUGAGCCACUAAUACUUUAUUUUCCUGACUAUAGUAAAGUGGAACUUCAGAAGAUUCUAUCCCAUGAUCAUCCUUCAGAAUAUUCUGCAGAAUUUUAUGCUGCCUACAUUAAUAUUCUGCUUGGCGUCUUCUACACUGUCUGCAGGGAUCUAAAAGAACUGAAACAUUUGGCUGCAAUCAACUUCGCUAAAUUCUGUGAGCCUGUAACAAAAGGUGAAGCAACAGAAAGUGACACACGUAAACUCUGGAAAAAUAUUGAGCCACAUUUGAAAACAGCCAUGCAGACAGUUUAUCUUCGAGAAAUUUCUAGUUCACAGUGGGAAAAGCUGCAGCAGGAAGACAGAGAAGCUGGUCAGCUAAAAGGACUCUCAGCAUAUGCACAUGUAGAGCUUCCAUAUUAUUCCAAAUUCCUUCUGAUUGCUGGGUACCUUGCUUCAUACAACCCAGCAAGGACUGACAGACGUUUUUUUGUUAAGCAUCAUGGGAAAAUUAAGAAGACAAAAUUUUUGAAAAAACAUGAAAAGACCAACAAUCACCUUCUGGGGCCCAAACCGUUUCCUCUGGACAGGCUAUUAGCAAUUUUCUACAGCAUUGUGGAUAGCAGAAUUGCUCCUACAGCAAAUAUCUUCUCCCAAAUAUCUUCCCUCGUGACACUUCAGUUGCUAACCCUUGUUGGUCAUGAUGAUCAGUUAAAUGGACCAAAGUAUAAGUGUGCUGUCUCCUUGGAUUUCAUUCGUGCUGUGGCAAGUAAUACAUAUAAUAUAAAGCGUCAACAGACUGAUUGA